GACCAUGAGGGUCCCAGUGAAAAUGCCUUCGCUGGCGAAGGUGAUCGAAAUUGUGAGUGGAGUAUCAACUUUAAUGACGAUGAUCGUGACUAUAGUGAUUAUGCUCACAGUGGACAAGGAGUUGUUUUAAGUAAUGCGUGGAGUUCGAAUUAUGAUAACAAUAUCGAGAAAUGGCGUAUGAAAGAUGAUUAUUUGCAAGUGGUUAAUGGAUUGCGACUGAAGUUAGAGGAUCAAUUGCGGAUGUUGUAUAGACAUAGCUGUCAGUUAACAGUGUUCGGUUCAUUAUUGAAUGGAUUCGGUAUUUCUGGAUCUGAUAUCGAUGCUUCUUUGACAUUUGUCUCGUUCCAACGCGAUGAUCAACCGGAUUCGACUGCAGUAAUAACGGAACUGACAGAUGUGUUGCCUCAAAUUCCGGAAGUAACUGAGGUGCAGCCGAUUCCAAAUGCACGCGUACCAGUUGUGAAAUUUAUUUAUAAAGAUGUACUUGGUUGUUUUCAGUUCGAUUUGUCGUACGAUAACAAAUUAGCCAUUGAGAACACGAGUUUAUUACGCGCAUAUAAUACGGUCGACAAACGUGUAACACAGUUGGGUAUAAUGCUAAAAAGAUGGAGUGAAUAUUGUGAAAUCAAGGACGCAUCGUGUGGUCGACUCUCAUCGUACGCGCUUUGUAUUAUGCUUAUUCAUUUCCUACAAACCACUGAACCACCUGUUUUGCCGUUCCUUCAACAGGUAUGUACGUACGGAUUUGUUGAAUUAUUUCACUGA